UACAUUUAGUCCCACGUUUUUGAACUUUUACACGUAGCUUUUCCCAUUUUUAUUCUUUACACGCUAUUUACGAACGCGUUGUACAAAAGAAACGAAAGAAUUAAAUCAUUAGAAGAAUUGUGCGAGAUAAAGGAACAGAGGAAUCGACAAGUGCCCGAGUAGAAGAAUGUUAUCCAUGUCCCUAUCGAUCUCACACGAUUCAACAAAAACGUUACAUCCGUACGCCAUGAAGCGUUGAGAAAAACUUGCACGUACCUCGCAAAAAAAAAACCUGGCACUUUUUAUUCGGCGAAACUAGUUAAUACCACGUUAGGGGCACCUUGUGCGUAGUUUUGGAACACGUUCCAGUACUCUCGUCCGCCGUUUUAGCCGUAAUUCUUUUUUUUCUUUUCCUUUUUCAAAGGCGCAUAUGGUCGCACAAAGUGGACGCGUCAAGUGUAUUGAAAUAGAGAACUUGAAAGAAGCAAGAGGUUUUUAUAUAAAUAGAAUAAGAUUUCUGCAAAAGCUUGUCUUACAGAAAAACGAUAGAAAUAUUUUUUCAACAUAAUUCUUGCAGCUCUCUAUUCUUGCUGUUGUGACCAUAGUCCAUGAAUCUAGGAAUAGAUACAGAUUAGUUAGAAUUAUCAGCGACAAAAUUAAAACAAGGCCUUUUUAACAAACACAUAAGCCAACACGUGAUAAACCACGAGAAGUGCAUUUUUAAUUAGAAUCGCUAAGAGACAAGACAUUAUCAUCAUAACAUGUUUCCGUACGCAGUUUCCGUAGAAAUUAGAUAAAACCUUUGUUUUGUCACGUAUAUGGACGAGAACUCUCGGAUUGCAGCGUCAGUUCGUCAGUAAUUGACAGUCCACCUGAUCUAUAUACGUCAGCAUACAUAAUCAAUCACAACUAUUUCGAGAGGGGCGUAUGUCUGAGGAAAGGAGAGAGGCACGAGUAUUUUGUGAUCAUCAUGAAGACACUCUGGAUCGUGGUGGUCAUCCUACUCGAGAUACAUUUGUACUUUACAGUGAGCCAGGCGAAGCAUCAGCAGAACUCAAGUGCCAAUAAUGCAAUCGCCCCAUUGAAUGCCCCGGAGGGUAAAAAUGAAGAUGUUCCUGAAGGACCAAUUGGAGAGGUGCUUGCUCAAAGUGGUACCACGGCAGUCCUGCCGUGCAAAAUUUCCGAUCCUGGAGCUGGAACGAUCACAUGGGUGAGACGGAGGGACAGACAAUUGUUAACAGUUGGUACCAGCACACAUUCCAUUGACAAGAGAUUUGUCGUCAGGCACACAAGUACCGAUUGGCAACUCACAAUACGCACCGUAACUUUGGACGAUGCCGGCAUCUAUGAAUGUCAGGUGACAUCGCAUCCGGUGCAGCAAAACUUCGCUCGUCUCAAGAUUACGGAGGCAUAUUCGAUAAUACCAGGUGCGCCUGAUCUGCACGUGAAGCAAGGCUCGAGCCUCCGUUUGGAAUGCCAACUUAUGGCUGCCACGGAAAGGCCGCUUUACGUCUUUUGGUAUCGUCAGGGUCGUAUGAUAAAUUACGACGAGGAGCCCGGCGUUGACGUCAAGCUAAUGUCGAACGGCUCCAUUCUGUUGGUGAACAAAACGAAGCUUUCGCACGAAGGCAACUAUACAUGCGUACCUAGCAAUGCCAAAUCGGCGUCUGUCAUGGUCCACGUGAUCGAAGAGGAGGAGAAGCCAGCGGCGAUGCACGGGGGCGACAGACGGAACCUCAGCCCGGCAAUUUUGGCGAGCAACUUUCUCGUCUCCCUCCUGGCGGCCGUCAGCUGGAGGAUACCGAGUUUCACGAGCCUUUACCCCACGUGAAUUACCGCCGUCCCGGCGGCGUCCUUCGGUCCGUGUGUCCCCCGCGACCUGACGGCGGGCCCGGCGGGGAAACGAGUUCCCGAAGUCGUUGUCCCGCUGCCUGGUGUCGGCACAAGCCCCGCUCAUUAUUCCCGAGCCGGGAAGAAACUCCGGUGCCGGGGAUGAUUGUGCGCGUGAUACCGCGAACUCGACGAAUACCUCGGUUCACUUUACGUGUGUCUCUUUUGCGUAUACUAGAUAGACGCUAAUCGGGGGUUGACAGCCGUGAUACCCACGUGCUCGGUGUGCUCGUCCUGUGUAGCUCAAGGACAAGAGAGUCGCCGGAGAGUCCGUUUGCCUCGGUACGCUGUGCGCACCUAUGAAGCCGCUCUUCGAUCCUUUCGCACCUUAUCUUCCACCCUGGCCCGUUCGCGCGCGAGUGCCGUGUAAAUGUGCUUACCGGGACGACUGUACUCUGUUUCGGAAUUGAGCUUGCGAUUUACCGUAGGAUACGUUUUAAUCUUAAAUUCUCGCGUAAUCUAUGCGUUUCGUUGCGCGCGACGUUACAGUCCAAGCCCUCCUGUCCACGGUGAGAAGUCAGAUUUCAGCAUGUAAAUACGAACGCGAUAUAUCUUGUUAGUACACGGAGAGAAUUUUCUCUUAAAGUUUAUCCUGAAAAUCAUGUAAUCGUGGGAUGACAAGGCGUUUUCAAGACUUUUAUGGGAGUUUUUUGAAUUUUUACCAUGCAGUUUAUUAGUAAAAAGUAUGGUGAAAUUUAAAAAAACUCGUACAAUUCUUCAAAAUGCCACGUUGUCCCA